AUGCUCCAAAGUGAUGGCUGGAAGCCGGAUCGCAAGUACAUGGACGUCAAGUCAGAAGAAACGCAGGCCUUCCUGGGCACCGAGGCCCAGCGCCUGGACACUGGAAACCAUUCAAUUGUGUACCGUGUCUUGAAGACAGGACGCAGUGAACACCGGGCACGUCGCCCUCUUUGGCGUGGUCUCCUGGCAUUUAUCUGGACUGGUCUUUUGGUCUGGGGUCUAGCACGAUUGUUCUACCAACGACCGCAUAGAUCUCAUCCGCAUGGAGAUCAUCCCCUGCACCCCCAAUCCCCACCUACCUGUAAUACGCCCGAAUGUAUUCACGCAGCGUCAGAGAUCCUCUACAACCUGGAUGCAAAAUACGAGACAAUUGACCCCUGUACCGACUUUGAUCAGUAUGUCUGCGGUGGUUGGAGAGAGCGCCAUGAUAUGCGCUCUGACCAGGGCUCGGUCUUUGCUGGAACCAUGAUGGAGGAGGUUGCCCAGACCCGCCUUCGCCAUAUUCUGGAGCGCCCAGAGGCCCCACAGGAUGACGCUGGGAACUUCAAGAAGCUGAAGGAUGCGUACAAUGCUUGUCUGGAUGAAUCUACCAUCCGGGAACGCGGCAUUCAGCCCUUAGUUGAAGUUCUAGCGAAGCUGCAAAGCAUCUACCCUGCAAACGAUGAAAUUACUUUUGGCACGGAAAAGAAUAUCACUGAUGCCAUAUUGUUCCUGAUUCAAUCCAAUGUUCAGGCUCUUGUGUCUCCAAGCGUUUCGCCUGAUGAUCGGGAUCCUGAUAACGUUGCUAUUUUUGUAAAUCCGCCUGGGGAAAUUGGACUCCCCGCACGCGAGUACUACAACAACACGGAAACGGUCGCCAAGUAUGCAAAUGUGGUGAAGCAGAUCUUCCAAGCGCUCGAGGUCAGUGAAUUUGAACAGAUCGCGGAGAACGUCGUCGCUUUUGAAAAAGAACUGGCCGAUGUGACUCCCGACACCCAAACGCAAGAGGAUGUCACAAAGUAUUACAACCCACUCAGUGUCGAAAAGACCGAGUCAUUGGUGCCCCAAAUAUCCUUCACAAAUAUCAUCUCAAAGCUUGCACCGCAUGACUUCGAAAGCGAUCGCCUAAUUGUUGGAUCACCUUCAUACAUGGAAGCUCUCUCCGGAAUUCUGAAGCAUACUCCCCGAAAGACUGUGUCUUUCUUCUUCCAAUGGAAGAUUAUCCAGGCCUAUGCCACCAGUAUCGAGGAUGACAAGAUUACCCCCCUCACCCGGUUCACAAAUGAAAUGGCCGGGAAGGACGCAGAUGCUAAAGAAGAGCGAUGGAGAACGUGCAUUCGUAGCCUUGAUGAAGGUCUGGGCUGGAUAUUGAGUCGAUUUUACGUAUUGGAUUCAUUCUCAGAAGAGUCCAAGAAGCUUGGUGACCAAGUUGUGUCGGAUAUCAAAGAACGUUUCGCCUUCACUCUGGCUCAAACCGCAUGGAUGUCUCCAGAAGUACGGAAAUUGGGCAUCCAAAAGGUGGAGAAUAUUGUCCAGAAGAUUGGUUUCCCAACCAAGAGUCCGAACGUACUGGACCCACAGGAUGUGGAGAAGUACUAUGCCACACUCAAUGUAUCCAACAAGACCUUCUUUGAGAACGAGAUUGCCGUCGCGAAGUUUGAUAUCGCAAACGAGUGGUCUAAGUUGGGCAAACCAACCAACCGAGAUGAGUGGGAUAUGACUGCGCCCACGGUCAAUGCUUACUAUAGCCCCGCGGGAAACGAGAUCGUCUUCCCGGCUGGUAUCAUGCAACCUCCCACGUUUUACGGUCCGGCAGCACCCUUGUACCUGUCCUAUGGAGCCUUUGGAGCUGUCAGUGGGCAUGAACUCUCUCACGCGUUUGACUCGACUGGGCGGCAUUACGACCAGACGGGAAAUUAUACGAACUGGUGGGACAACGAGACCGUCCAGGCUUUUGAAGAACGGGCUCAAUGCUUUGUGGACCAAUAUUCCAGCUUCACCGUGAAGGGACCCGGCGGUAAGGUGUUGCAUGUGAAUGGACGCCUCACCCUCGGUGAGAACAUUGCGGAUGCCGGUGGAUUGACCGCUUCGUUCCACGCCUGGAAAAAGCACGACGACGCAAAGGCCGACCUUCAUCUUCCAGGACUGGAAGCUUUCAGCAAGGAGCAACUGUUCUUCGUUUCUUACGCCAACUGGUGGUGUGGUAAAACUACACCCGAGGCCGCGGAGAAGGCCAUCUAUACUGAUCCACACGCGCCCAAAUCUGCGCGGAAUAUCGAAACGAUGGCAAACUCUCGCGAGUUCAAGGAGGCAUUCCAGUGCCCGGAGAAGAAACCUGUUUGCCAGCUCUGGUAG